AUGGCUUCGUUUAUGAAGUAUCCUCGACGUAUUCGAUUACGGAGUGACAGUAAUGUCUCAACGAUGCGACAUAUGCUGCAUGUAGGCAUUUCUGGGGGAAGCAGCCGCUUUACGGGUGUUAGUGGUUUCAGUUUGAUCGACAUAAAUGUAAUUUCGAGGUCGUUUUUGCGCUCACAGCGUCCAAAUCCAGACAACUUCCAUCACCUCGGCAUGGUUACAGCUCCUCCUCAAGGACUCAUUUUGAAAGAUGUUGUUUAUGAUGAACGAAUGUUCGUGAAUCCCAUACCUUUUCAUCAUCAUUCCUGGGAUGAGGAAACGGAUGUGGAUGAUCUUGACGAGUCUUAA